CGCUUCCGUCUUGUUUCCGGUUCCAGACGCCUCCUCCAAUCCGGGCUCCCAACGUCUCGGUAAGAGGAGGAACACGACGCCGCUAGGCGCGCCACGAGGGAGGCUCCAAUCCCAUCCAAAUCCACUCCACCCCUACCCAAGAAGCAGCGGCGCGAGGAGGAGAUCCAGGCGGGCGGGGAGGCAGCCACCGUCCGUCCGUCCAUCCACCCAAAUCUGCUGCGCAGGUUGCUUCUAGAGGAGAGAGGCUCCCGAAGAAGGCCAUGUCGUCGUCCGUGCUGAGGGCUGCGGCCGACAGGGCCAUCCGCAGGCAGGCCCUCACUCUGACGGACGCCGCGGCGUCCAGGAUCCGGCAGCUCCUUAGCCUCAGGCAGCGGCCCUACCUGCGGCUCGGCGUCAAAGCGCGAGGCUGCAACGGCCUCUCCUACACGCUCAACUACGCCGAUGAAAAAGGGAAGUUUGAUGAGCUUGUUGAAGAGAAGGGAGUUAAAGUACUAAUCGACCCUAAAGCUCUGAUGCAUGUUAUCGGCACCAAGAUGGACUAUGUCGACGAUCCACUAAAGUCUGAGUUUGUGUUCAUAAACCCGAACUCCAAAGGGGAGUGUGGCUGUGGUGAAUCUUUCAUGACUACAAGCAGCAAAGGGUCCACAUCAUGAUGUGGUAUGCUGUGUAGAUGUAUAGCAGUGUAUUUGGAGGCUCCAUCUGAUUUUCAUGAACCUUAAUUGUAUUUUAACGCAUAACACACCAGUGCUUUUGCAUCCAACCCAAUUGUGUUUGUACAUGGAGUCAGUACCCACGUUUUGGUGAUAUUUGUUUGCAUUUAAGAUCUGAAAUGUUCAUCUAUCA